AUGCUCACAAAAAAAAGAAGUCAUAUUUGGAACCAUUUUACCAUAAUUGAUCAAAAAUAUGCAAAAUGCAGUUAUUGUUCCAAUAAAGUUAGUUAUGGUGGUGGUUCAAGUGGUAACUUAAUUCGUCAUAUGAAAACAAAACAUAUAACAGUGCCACUUGAACGAAAUGUGCGGCAAGAAGCUCAGGAUCUAGUAACUGAGCAAAAUGUUGAUGAUCCUAAUAGCUUGGGAACAACUGUUUCUAAUUCUAAUCAGCUAACAAUUUCAUCUAAAUCAUCAACAAAUUCUGAACCAGCCCGCCCGUCCAUAAGUACAUCACAAUCAAUAGUUCGUCAACCAGUCCAGGCUUCUAUGAAUUCCUUCAUUCAAAAACCUAUAACAAUUUCAAAGUCAAAAAAAAUUGAUACACAAAUUUCAAAAUUAAUUAUUAAGCAUUAUCAUCCUUUUAGUUUAGUCGAAGAAACAGAAUUUAAAAACUUAAUAAAUUUACUGGCACCUGGGUACACACUUCCGAGCAGAAAAACCAUAUCUAACAGUUUAAUACCUCAGUUAUACGAGUCUGUAGUAAGUGAAAUAAAAGAAAAUAUAAAAAAUAUACAAGCCAUUUGUCUUACUACAGAUGCAUGGACAUCUUUAAAUAAUCAAUCAUUUGUAGCUGUUACUGCUCAUUAUAUUGAUGAAAAUACAAAGUUGUCAUCAAUUCUGCUAGGAUGUCACCAUUUUCUUGAAAGACAUACAGCGGUAGAAAUGUCUUCUUUUUUAAAAGAUAUAGUGAGAAAAUGGAAUUUAGAGAAUUUAGUGACAAUGGUUGUAAGCGACAAUGCAUCAAACAUCAUUGCAGCAAUUAAAUUAUGUAAUUGGAGAAGUCUAGGAUGUUUUGCUCACAGUAUAAAUUUAGUAGUUGAAUCAGGUUUGAAAUAUGAGGAUGUGAAGAGUAUAAUUGCAAAAGUAAAGGCCAUUGUCCAAUAUUUCAAACAGAGUAGCCAAGCUUUAAUCCGUCUUAAUGACAAUCAAGUAAAAGGAGGUCAUCCCAUACUAAAAUUAAAACAAGAUUGUCCAACCAGGUGGAACUCUACAUAUGAUAUGAUAAAUAGGAUUUUAAAAAUAAAGGAGCCAGUUUUGUCCACAUUGGCAGUCAUAAAUAAUGAUCUUAAUAAUAUCACCAACUAUGAAUGGAAUAUUUUAGAUCACCUAUGCAAAUUAUUAAAAAUAUUUUAUGAUAUAACAAAUGAAAUAAGUUGUGAAAAAUUUGUAUCCAUAUCUAAAGUUUUAAUAUUUUCAAAAGCAAUGUCCAACUAUGUCUUAGUUUACUGCAAUGAUCAGAGUAUGCCAUAUGAAAUAAAUUCAGUGGCAAAUAUAUUACAUACAAAAUUACAACAAAGAUUCAAUCAGUUUGACGAUAAUGAUGUAGUCAUACAAUCAACCCUACUGGAUCCGCGAUUCAAAAAACAAGGGUUUGUAAAUGACAGAAAGUAUGAAAUUGCCUAUGAGUCUCUGUCACGUAAAGUUCAAGGAAUUUCUAUUGGGAAAGAUAGUCAAGAACCAGAGAUCAAUACACCAUACAGUGAACCUGCUGGAUCUGAAACAAUUUGGAAAGAUUUUGAUAGCAAAGUGAGCAAACUAUCUGGUGGUGGCCAUUCAACUGUGGCUGGUAUAUUAGAACUUGACCGGUACUUGGCUGAACCACUCUUAAAAAGAACAGCGGAUCCAUUAGUUUGGUGGCAUGAAAGAAAAUUAUUAUACCCAAGACUAUACCUAUUGGCAUGUAGAAGGUUAUGUAUUGUAGCAACGUCCGUUCCAUGCGAACGUAUAUUUUCAAAGGCUGGCUUGGUGUUGACUGAUAGAAGGUCUAGACUGAAUACAGAUAAAGUUGAAAAAAUAUUAUUUUUAAAUCACAAUUUAAGUUAG